AUGUUUUCUCCCCCUUCUAGGAAAUCCUCCUUCAGUGCCCGCAAAAAUGUCGCUAACCGGAGAGACGACGAUUCUACUCCGGUGGCUGGCGACCGGAGACCACUGCUCGACAGCCCAGCCGUCCCCAACCGCCCCGCCACUGGGACCCCCGCCCCUUGGUUCUCUCGCCUUUCCGUCCUCGCUAGAACCCCCCAGCCAGCCAAGAGAAGUGACAAAGGAGAUGACGUAGAUGCUGCUAAACCUGUCUAUGUUGGGGAGUUCCCUCAAGUUGUACGUGAUGCACAAAUGAGAGUUCAGAAUUAUGUUCAUGCUGGUGCAUCUGUCACUGGUGGAAUGGACAAGGAGACAUGCCUAGCAUGGAUCAUAUGUGGAAACGGUCUCUUUAUCUGGAACUUCUUAUCAUCUGCUGCUUCAAGAAAAUGUAUCGACAUUGACCUGACGUCUGUUAAAGAAGAAAUUGGAGAUGUGAGCAGCAACUCAUUUCGACCUAACAAUUGGUUAGUCCGUUUUGUCAACUGGGACAGCUUGAAGAAAGUUGGUAGCAUCACUGUCCAACAGCUCAAUUCUGCUGGGAUUAUAUUGUGUAACAAAAAAACUGGUGCUCUACUUUUCUGGCCAGAUAUCUCAAAUGCUAAUAGGAUGCUUCCAUCCACGUGUCUUGCCUUUUCCGACAAGUUUGGCAAUAAGGCUGCAAAAUUAUGUUAUAUUAACUCUUUGAUAACUUCACCUGUCUCGUCUACCAACAAAAGUUGUAUUGCACUUGCAUGUAGUUCUGAUAGUGAACUUUGGAGAUUCUUCUGUAGCCCUUCUGGUAUUCAAUUUGAACAGAUUGAGCAUGGCAUGUCAAAUAAAUUAUCUGAAGGAAAUGAUAACGGUUCGUCUGUGGCAAGUAAAGGCUAUCCUAGGUCACUGAUUUGGCAGUUUUCUAGUCAUUCAUCGGAUGACACUACAAAACAGUUCCUUCUGCUAACUAAUCACGAGAUACAGUGCUAUGCAGUAAAGCUUUCCUCUGAUUUAGAUGUGGUAAAGCUUUGGUCUCAUGAAAUCAUCGGCACUGAUGGUGAUUUGGGUAUACAGAAAAACCUUGCUGGCCAAAAGAGGAUUUGGCCUCUUGAUUUGGCUGUUGAUAGUGAUGGCAAGGUAAUAACUGUUCUAAUUGCCAUCUUUUGCAAGGAUCGGGUGACCAGUUCAAGCUACACUGAGUAUUCCCUUCUGACCAUGCAAUACAAAUCUGGAGUAGAUAUAGCCAAGCCAAUAGGCAAACAGAUACUGGAGAAAAAGGCCCCUAACCAAGUUAUUAUACCUAAAGCUAGAGUAGAGGAUGAGGAAUUUUUGUUCUCAAUGAGAUUAAAGGUAGGUGGAAAGCCGGCUGGUUCUGCUAUUAUACUCUCAGGCGAUGGUACUGCAACUGUUUCCCACUAUUGGAGAAACUCCACCAAGCUUUACCAGUUUGAUUUGCCCAAUGAUGCUGGAAAAGUUCUUGAUGCUUCAGUAUUCCCUUCCCUUGAGGAAAGUGAAGAUGGAGCUUGGGUUGUGCUCACCGAGAAAGCUGGAGUUUGGGCUAUACCUGAGAGGGCAGUUUUAAUAGGAGGAGUUGAACCACCCGAACGAAGCUUGUCACGUAAAGGGAGUUCUAAUGAUGGAUCUCUACAGGAGGAAAGAAGGAGCAUUUCUGUUGCUGGAAACAUUGCUGCAAAAAGAGCCAGUUCAGAAGCUUGGGAAGCAGGUGAUAGGCAACGAGCGGGUUUAACUGGAGGUGCACGUCGUAUCCCUCAAGACGAGGAAUCGGAACCUUUACUAAGCCAGCUUUUCCAUGAAUUUCUCAUGUCUGGACAGGUUGACGGUGUGCUUGAUAAAUUGAAAAAUUCAAGGGCUUUUGAAAGAGAGGGAGAGAUAAAUGUAUUUGCCAGGAUGAGCAAAUCAAUUGUUGACACCUUAGCUAAACACUGGACGACAACCAGGGGAUCUGAGAUUGCUCUAUCUGUUGUGUCCACUCAACUUGUUGAUAAGCAACAAAAGCAUCAGAGGUUUCUUCAGUUCCUUGCUUUGUCCAAAUGCCAUGAGGAAUUGUGUCACCGACAGAGACAAUCUAUGCAAAUUAUCAUGGAACAUGGGGAAAAGCUUGCCAGCAUGAUUCAACUGAGAGAACUUCUAAAUGCAAUUAGCCAUGCUACCGAGUCUGGGGUUGGCUCCUGCUAUGACUCAGAUGCUCGGACUUCUGGAGCUCUAUGGGAUCUUAUCCAGUUAGUUGGUGAGAGGGCCCGCCGGAACACAGUUCUUUUGAUGGAUAGGGAUAAUGCUGAAGUAUUCUAUAGUAAGGUGUCAGAGCUCGAGGAAUUGUUUCAUUGCUUAGAGGGAAAUCUAGAACAUAUCAUCUCCCAAAAUAUGCCUAUUAUUGUGCAAUCUCAAAGAGCUUGUGAACUUGCAAAUGCAUGUGUUACAAUCUUCCGUGCAUCCGUUGACUAUAGGGCUGAUCACCACCUGUGGUACCCUCCACCCGAGGGCUUGACACCGUGGUAUUCAAAAUUUGUUAUGUGGAGUGGGCUGUGGAAUCUUGCAUCAUUCAUGCUUCAAUUGCUCAGUGGAACAAAAGAGCUUAAAGAUUCUGUCAUAUUUGAUUUUUGCUCGAAUCUUGUAGUACUCUCAGAGAUACUACUUGAAUCAUAUGCUAAUGCUAUCGCAGCAAAAAUGGAACGGAAAGAAGAUCAUCGAAGUCUGUUGGAGGAGUACUCAAAAUGUAGAGAUACCCUUCUCGACUCCCUUUAUAAGCAAGUGAAAGAUUUCAUACUGGCGAAAUCACUGGAUACAGCUGAGGAAAAUGAGGAAUUGAAUAAGGAUACUAUGAUGACAUUUUCUUCAAAGUUAUUGUCAAUUGCAAAACGCCAUGAGGGCUAUCAGACUAUGUGGAACAUAUGCUGUGACCUCAACGAUUCCGAACUCCUCCAGAGUCUCAUGCAUGAAAACAUCGGACCAAAAGGAGGUUUCAGUUGCUUUGUCUUCAAACAACUCUAUGAUAGCAAACAAUUCUCAAAACUAAUGCGGCUGGGUGAAGAGUUUCAUGACGAGCUUGCUACAUUUCUGAGGCAGCAUCCCGAUCUUCUUUGGCUUCACGAAUUGUUUCUUCGUCAAUUUUCUUCAGCUUCUGAAACUUUACACGCAUUAUCUACUUUAUCUCUUCCUAAGGAUAACAGAUCAGUUUCAGAUACUGAUGAGACUGAACCUAGUAGCCAACAACCUAAAUUAACUUUGGCUAGGAGAAAGCAUUUUUUGAAUCUCGCAAAACUAUCAGCAGUGGCAGGAAGAGAAGUUGGCUAUGAGCUAAAGGUGAAGCGUAUUGAAGCUGAUCUGAAUAUUCUACAAGUACAGGAAGAAAUAGUGAGGCUUCUACCUGACGAUGAUGAGGAAAAGCAAUUGAUGGAGCAGCAGCUUCUUGAUCCAGUGGAUCUCAUCAAAAUGUGUCUUAGAAUCGAGAAGCGGGAGCUUUCUUUGCGAGCCUUCGAUUUAUUCUUGUGGACGAGUGCGUCCUUUCUCAGACGCAACACAACGGUUUUGGAGGAGUGCUGGAGAAAUGCUGCAAGUCAAGAUGAUUGGGAGAGACUUUAUAGCUUGUCCAUGAAUGAGGGCUGGAGUGAUGAGAGAACCUCUGAGGUUCUCGAGCAAACUGUACUUUUCCAUGCCGCUAGCAAAUGUUAUGGGCCCCGCUCAAAAACUUUUGAUGUGAAAUUCGAUGAGGUGUUCCCGUUGAGGCAGGACACGGAUAUAGGCCCCUCUGUGGAAGGGGUCAUCAUGCAGCACAAGGAUUAUCCAGAUGCAGGCAAGCUGAUGCUGACCGCUAUCCUGCUCGGGAGUGAUCAGUGA